CUUGGAUAUGGAUCUUCUCUUUUGAUUAAUGACCCAUCCCAAAAAGUCUUCUUCCAAUGGAUGUUCCCUAAUAGAAACCAACAAUAUACAGGGAUGCUUCAACUGCUUUUGCUUUUCAGAUGGACUUGGAUUGGUGUCAUUUUCAUACCAGAUGACAAUGCUCUCUGGUUUGUACAGAAAGAACUUCCCAAGUUUUCUCAAAGUGGUAUCUGUUUUGAUUUUAUAGAACCAUUCCCAACUGUGUUUUUUAAAAGUGGCAUUCAUGAAAUUAUGGAAUCAUGGGCCAAACUGUAUAUCUUCAUAAGUGAUAGCUUUGCCAGUGUUGUAAUUUUACAUGGUGAAAUUCACACUACAAUCUUUUUGAGAAUGUUUCCCAGAGUUUUGGAUGUUGAAGACAAAGAAAUGAAGACAGGGAAAGUCUGGAUCAUGACCGCACAGAUAGAAUUCACUUCUGUUCACUUUCAACGAUCUUGGGAUAUAAAUAUCCUUCAUGGUUCCUUAGCCUUUGAAACCGAGUCAAAGGAGGUGGUAGGUUUUCAACAUUUUCUUCAGAUGAGAAACCCUAAUGUGGAAACCAGAGAUGGUUUUAUUAAGGACUUUUGGAGACAGGCAUUUGAUUGUUCCUUCCCAACUUCCUUGGAAGAGGAAAAUGUUUGGAAUCUCUGCAGUGGGGAGGAGAAGCUGGAGACUCUUCCUAGGUCUGUCUUUGACAUGAGCAUAACUCCUCAUAGCUAUAGCAUCUACAAUGCAAUUUAUGCUGUGGCCCAUGCAUUGAAAUCCAUGAGCUCAUCAAUGCUCAAACAUAGAAUUAUAUCAGAGGAAGGACAGAAGAAUGUUCUGAAUUCAUUACUUUGGCAG